ACAGAUUUUUUUGUUUUUAUUUCUUUUUUUUUCUUUUUGUUAUUUGAUUGAAACGUACAUCACAGGAUCUGGGAUGUGAUGCGAGGUGUCUUUCCUGACUGGGUCGAUGCCGUGCUGUGCUGCGCUGAAGGUGAAGGAAAAUGCGGAUACCGUUAUUAAUCUGGAUUCUGCACUUCAUGAAUCUUGCAAUAGGCCUUGACAACACAAAGAUUCUGCGACACAGGCGUAGUUCUUCAGUGAGCAGACUCUGUCCAGCAGGCUGUGCGUCAUGUUCGUCCCUGAACGGCUGUCUGUCCUGUAAACCUCGCCUCUUCUUCCACCUGGAGCUGGAUGGGAUGAGGCAGAAGGGCACCUGUCUGUCCUCCUGUCCCCAGGGUCACUACAGCAUGCGCUCGCCACACAUCAACACCUGUACCCGGUGCAAAGAGGACUGCGCGUUCUGCUUCAGCGAAAACUUCUGCACCCGUUGCCACCUGGGCCACUUUCUGUUCCGAGGCAGAUGUGAAAAUAGCUGUCCGAGUGGACUGACAGCAAACACAGCACUGCGAGAAUGCACAGAGUGCCCUGUUGGAUGUGAGGUGUGUGUGAGGAGGAAUGUGUGUGUGCAGUGUAGAGCCCAUCUGUACUUUCUCCACGGGCAGUGCCACAUUACCUGCCCAAGUGGAUCUGAGCCUGAUUCACAGCUCAUGCAGUGCAUCCCCCAAGUUCACUGUGAGGUUGGGGAAUGGACAAUGUGGGGCCCAUGUAUUCGGAAAAGGAGCGUGCGGGCGUACAGGAGGGGAGACGAGACACGGACCCGGCAAGUUCUGCUGUCCCCAAGCGUCUUCGGUGACCCCUGCCCACAUGUCUCAGAGAUCAGGAAGUGUGUCAUCAAAAAGAGACAGAGCCCAAAUAUCAUCCUGGGCUGACACACACAGUACUCUGUGAAGAAAGUGUUGGAGCAUCUCAAGCUCAGACAAGCCACCGAUGACAUUAUCUAGUACACCAUGUGACUAUGUAUGCACAUGCGGUAUUAACAGUGAACAACAGAGGGUGGAGCAUUGAUGUGGGAAGUGCAUAUAGCUAAUCUCCAGGUGUGUGUGUGUGGAAAGGGAAGCAAACAGGUUUUUUUUGUCAGUGUUGUUGCUGUGCUUUGAUUCUGAUUUUGGCUGAAGGGAAACAUCAAGGUGAUUGAGUAUGGACAAUGCUGUUAUCUACAUGUGCAAAUGUUAG